AACAAAACACGCUUCCCCCAAGCCCAGCAACCGCCAGUCUCUAAGUUAGCUGCGUCCUGACCCUGACCGCGUGACUCUCUCCACGCCUCUCCACGAAAACCAGAACCAACCUCGAAACAUCAAUUUCGCCUCUCGCCAAGCGUACCGAUAAUAGAAAUGGCCGAGGAAUCUCUAGGCGCCAGUGUACAGCCACUAGGCUCUGCCGUUUUCUUUGGCCCGGUGCAGCCAGAGAUGCUGGACCGAAUUCAUGAACUUGAAGCUGCCUCUUACCCAGAGGACGAGGCCGCUACUUACGAUAAGCUAAAGUUCAGGAUCGAAAACGCGUCGAACGUGUUCCUGGUCGCGCUGUCGGCGGAGGGCGACGGGGAGCCCAAGGUCGUCGGGUUUGUGUGCGGCACGCAAACGCGCGCGUCUAAGCUGACACACGAGUCCAUGUCAACGCACGAUGCCGACGGCGCACUACUGUGCAUCCACUCGGUGGUGGUGGACGCCGCGCUGCGCCGGCGCGGCCUGGCCACCCGCAUGCUCCGAGCCUACACCGCCUAUGUGGCCGCUACCUCCCCGGACCUGACCGGGAUACGGCUGCUGACCAAGCAGAACCUGAUCCCGCUGUACGAGGGCGCGGGCUUUACGCUGCUGGGUCCCUCGGAUGUGGAGCACGGCGCCGAUCUGUGGUACGAAUGCGCCAUGGAGCUUGAGGCGGAGGAGGAGGCGGAGGUGGCGGAAGCCUAGGGCAGUGGUGGCAUGGGGGCUGGGGUGUAGGGAGCAGGGAGCAGGGGGGCUUGUGGUGCGCGCCGUAUCUCGAGGCGCGCAGUGCAACAACGAGGGCCUGUAGCUGCGGACGGCGGCGACUGUGACGGUGAUGGGGGAGAGGGCGGAUGCAUGCGUUUCUGUAGAGGUGGCACAGCAUGGGUGGAAGGCGUGGGCGGAGGGGGAGCUGCGGGUAGCUGCUUGCGGUGCCAGGCGAUGCGCAAUCGAGGUGUCGGGAUGGCCAUCCAGUGCGGCGUGUUGCCCCAUGGGUGUUCGGUAGCCCGUGGCCAUUGGACAAGGUGUGCGCCGCUCCGCACGUCCCACGGUGUCAUGACCGGGAAACGGGGUGGGGCGUAGGCAUUGGCGCGCGAUGUUGGUGGUGAGUGAGUCUGUGUGAACUGCAGGUGCUGAGAUGUGGCACAGCCGCACAGGAGCGUGGCACUGCUGUAUGUUGGGUGUGUAGGAUACAGCAAGUGCGUGCUGAUGAGGGGCGUGUGCAAGCGCAGGGCCACAGGCGGACUUCUGCGCGGAGCCACGUAGAUUGGUGGAUGUGUUCGCUGUCAGCCUGUAGAGGCGACGCAGGUGCUGCACAUCUGUAACGUGUGGCUGAUACCGUGAUAGGAAUGACCGGGGGGCAGGAGGCACAGGCGUGAUCGAGGGUAGUAUGUAGUGGGUGCAGAGGCGCAAAUGUGACAGGGAGACAGGGCGCGCCUGCGGGAUGCUCGUUGCCACAAAGUCAAGGCUUGAGCGGUGAGCCGUGAUGGCAUGGGUGCGAGGGGACAGGGUAAGGGGCAGGUUGGCGUAGUCCCGCAGAGCCGGGAUGGCAUGGCCUCAAUGGACCUGGGGCCCACCACCUGCAACAGAGGCUUGAGAUAGUGCAGAUGUAAAAGCCUCAUGCGGGAGGACCAUGCGUGACUGCCCGAAGCCUCAUACUGUAAGCAUGAAGCCAA